AUGCUUCCCCUUUUCAAGGAAGCAGGUCUCACCCUGCUCUUCCUGUCAUCCACAUUCGCGGACACGCCCCAAAACCAGCCUCGCCUCCGUUCAAACGGCACCCUCAGCCUUGCCCAGUCCGGUAGCACCCUCAACGCCCGUGGCGACAUUGAUCUGGUAGAACGCUACUACUACUAUGACUGUCCAACCGGCUAUGCAGAGUGCAGCACUGAUACAUCCAAAUGCUGCCCCACCGGCAACGGAUGCUGCACAAGCGGCUACUGCGCCGAUCCAGGCGAUACAUGCUGUACCAUCGGAACGUGUCCCAGUGGCUGGAACUGCUGUGGGAACUACGGGUACUGCUCCCCCGUUGGGGGCUCAGAUGGGACGGGUAGCCUGGGCAAUACGGUUGAUGUUGGAUCUGGUACUACGGAGACAGCGACUGAAUUUGUGUCUGCUACUUCUUCUGCGUCGGAUACUUAUACUUAUGAGUCUACGACGGCUGCUGGCUAUACGUAUACGUAUGACAGCUAUGAGUAUGAUUAUUAUUAUACUACCUACUACUGGUCUUACUGGUUCUAUUUCUGGACUUCUUAUUCGCCUUAUACUGUGCAGACUGUGACCUCGACGGAGACUACUACCACGACUAUCUGGUCUGUUUAUGCGACUGACAGUGCUGACGCGCAUGAAUCUUUCUCGUACAGCGUUAGUGUCUACUCAUACUAUCCUCCUUAUACUGCCACUUACUUGGAGAGCUCUACCGAUCCAGUUCCCAUUUCAACGGGUGCUGCAGGAACUCCGACUGCGACGGCUGGGAAUGGGCUUGUUCUAGGCGAUGGUGCAGCAAGUACAGUUACUGUUCGAGCGUGGGUCCCCUGGGCAUAUGCUACUUUUGGGGUCCUGGUGGGAGCUUUGGCUUUUGGACUGUGA